AUGGCGACAACUCAAAGAUGGGCAGCAUUAGCUCGAGAUACCAACGAGACAAAGGUCAAACUUGCUCUAAAUCUUGAUGGCGGCGAGCUCCCUCCGGAAACGCACCCCGACUUGCUGAAGCAAGAUGCAGAGGGACAUGCUUCACAGGCGAGCAAGUCGCAGAGGAUCAGUAUACACACGGGAAUCGGCUUCCUCGAUCAUAUGCUCCACGCCCUGUCGAAGCACGCGGGCUGGAGUUUGCUUCUGCACUGCAAGGGUGAUCUGCACAUCGACGACCACCAUACCGCCGAAGAUGUGUGCAUAGCCCUCGGCGAUGCCUUCAAGUCUGCCCUCGGCAGCGCGUCAGGCAUCGCACGCUUCGGCUUCGCAUAUGCGCCGCUCGAUGAGGCCCUGUCGCGGGCCGUGGUCGACAUCUCGAACCGGCCCUUCGCCGUCGUGGACCUGGGCCUGCGGCGCGAGCGGAUCGGCGACCUGUCGUGCGAGAUGAUCCCUCACUGCAUGCAGAGCUUCGCGACGGCCGCGCGCAUCACGCUGCACGUCGACUGCCUGCGCGGGGACAACGACCACCACCGCGCCGAGAGCGCCUUCAAGGCCCUCGCCGUCGCCGUACGCAGCGCCACGGCGCGCGUGGCCGGCAAGGAGGGCGAGGUGCCCAGCACCAAGGGCACGCUGAGCGUCUAG